CCGCACAUGUCAACGUGGGUCUAGCGGCGCCGGAAGUUCGGCGACGUCACCAUGAGUUUUGAGCAUUGCGUUAUCUUUUAAUAAGUCGCCGCGUGCGCCAUAGUAUUUUACAUACCCAUUCAGACUCUACACACAGACUCAUCCAAACUCCUAACACUAAGCGUAUACCUGACGCACGAUUCUCAACAGCCGCCACAUUCUCACGACUAUCCAUCAUACGCCUAUAUUCCGAAUCGGAGCGGUUUCUACCUAAGACAAGAUGAAGGUUCUUACCAAGGAAGAGGAGGCGGCGCAUUACAAUGCCACAAUCAAGGGCGGAUCGAUAGGUGGUGCCAUUGGUACGGCGAUAGGUGCUGCAGGUGUCAUGGCUGCGAGCAGAAGAUACCACUCCUUCCGAGCGCUCACAGUUCCUUUCCGGGCUUUCCUUGUUGCCUCAACAGGAACAUUCAUCGCCGUCAUCGCCGCCGACCGAGCCUCCGCAGCAUACGACAUCGAACACACACCCGAGAAGAAGCGCCAAGUCGAGCGAGAGAAGGAGCGCGAAGCCCUUUACGAGCAAAACAAGACAGCCCUCGAGCGCGCCAAAGACUGGGCAACCGAAAACCGAUACCCGAUUCUCUUUGGUUUCUGGGUCGCCUCCAUGGCUGGUUCAUGGCACAUGGUCAACCGCAAUCCAUACCUGAGCGGAUCGCAAAAGCUAGUGCAGGCGCGUAUGUACGCACAGGGCGGCACACUGGCAGCGCUGCUAGGCAGUUUUGCGAUUGAAGGCGCGGACGCUGCCAAGGGCAAGGGAAGGUGGGAGACAAUUAGGGUUAUCGACCCGAACGAUCCCGAACAUAAGCAUGUUAUCGAGAAGAAGAUUCACCACGAGAGAUAUGCUGGAGAGGACCAGUGGAGAGAAAUGGUAGAGGCUGAGGAGCAACGCGAGAAGGAGCGCAAGGCUGCUGCUGCGGACAAGGAGCACAAGGCUAAGCAGCAUGCUGAUGCGGCUAACAAGAAGGAGAAGAAGGCUGAGAAGGAGGAAGAGCAGAACAAGAACAAGGCUUAAGCUUGGGUCGAUUUGAUGUUCCACACUAUCCUACUACGACCUCGAAUACCGCCCACCACCCUACCUCCAACCACCCAAUUCGUGUCCGAUUCGGCCUUUGCGUUGUCUUUCCAACAUCUUCGACUUCAUUUACUGGCGUUUGGAUGCAAAAUACUCUACGACCCUGACAUUGUACCUGUUAUAUCUGUACGACUAGGUUGUGCUCAGGGGAUUGGAUGAUAAUGCGUUGUAUGUACAUAUGAGCGCGCUUUAGCGCGUCUAUGGAAACUAUAUUCUUAUGCUACAACAUUCGACUAUCUGAAGAUGUUGCCUAAUGCUGCGUUUAUCCCUCAGAAUUAUAGAGGAUUCCUUUUUGUGAGCCCCCCAACCCUGCACAUGUCGGCUGUAUGAUUCUCAGGGUCCGUCAUGACGUCUGCGUUGCUGAGUUGGGGCAUCAAGCACGUCACAUGCUUUCGCGACG